UCUGACAAUUCGUCAGUAGAGCGAACAUAGAUAAAUUUAAUUUUAAAAAGUAGUGUGUUAUAUUUUAAAUCUUAGCCAAAAUGUGUGAGGAAUAUCCGAUAAGCGAGUGCGAACCGACUACGCUGACAAUGCACUCCAAUGUUUAUCAUAUACACUUGCCAUUGUAUAUAAUGGAUAUGGUGCGCAUAUUUCAGGAUCAUCCGAAGUAUGUAAGCGGCAUCAAGGAGCAGCAAAUUGUUGAAAUGCUGGAAAAAGAAUCCUUUGCCUGUGGCGAUUUGGAGGCACAGGUUAAGACAGCAGUCAUGGACUUGUCCGCCAAGGGCUUUAUACGCUACAUAAAUAACGGCUAUCGCACAUUGGGACCGAUUGCCAAAUUAGCAAAUGCACGCAAUGUGCGACACUUUUGCGCCACCUGGCAGCGCAUUGCCGAUCUGCAAAAGGUCAGCGCCGAGUAUCACGAGGGCAGCAUCAGCUCAGCCGUGCCAAAGUGCGCUAAGCGUGAAAACAAUUGUUAAAUUUUAUAAAGUUACACUGCGUUCAGUUCAGCACAAUUCCAAAGAAAAAUUUAUGUUAAAGGGAAAGAUCCGAAAUGUAA